AUGUACAGGCUCUACUUCAAGGGUUUUGUGAACGACGAAACGAAUGGAUUCGGGGUUGCAAUUUGCGACCAACAGGACAAUCUCUUGUAUCAUAUCAAGGGUUCACGUCAUCAUGAAGACUCCACUAUAACAGUUUUGGAGGCUGAGCUUACGGCGUUGAAGCGAGGACUAACCGAAGCAGUGAGUGUAGGGAUCAAGCAUAUCUCACUAUAUUGUGAUCAUGAUCAGAUCUUUGAACUGGUCUUGGGGAUAUCCCCGGCUGAGAAAGAUACCAUUGCCUUGCAUGUGGAUGAUGUGCAACGUAUAAGACAACAGUUUACGUCUAGCACUCCUGUUCUGAUGACUAGAAACCAAGCUAAGUUUGCUUAUAACCUUGCAAUGGAAACAACAGUUUCUGAAAUCAGCAUAGAUAGGUCUGAUCAAAGGAAGACUUGCAGUACUUGUUUCAAGAAUGAUGAGCAUAUGUUUUCAGUUGAUUCAUGUGAUCAUCAGUUCUGCAUGAAAUGCGUGAAAGGCCAUAUAGAAGCGGGACUACUCGAGGGAAGCGAGAUGAGAUGUCCUAAUAACCAAUGCGAGUCUGAGCUAACACUUACAAGCUGCGCCAAUCUUUUGACACAAGAACUAAGAGAGAUAUGGGAACAAAGGAUCAAAUCAGAGGAAACAGUUCUUGUGGUGGAAACAGUUCGUUGCCCAAAUCCAAAGUGCUCGGCUUUAAUGUCGAAAACAGGAGAUGGAACUAUGAGAUGCUGCUAUAAAUGCCGUAAACCCUUUUGCAUCAACUGCAAAGUUGAGUGGCAUAGUAACAUGUCGUGCGAGGAAUACAAGAGGUUAGGUCUAAAGAGGUUAGGUCUAAAUCAUACUACAACGAUGUUGCGAGCAUGCAGAGAGUGCAAAAACGUGAUCGAGCUACCAAAAAAUCGCGUGGAAGUAAUAACUUGCAGAUGCGGAUAUGAGUUUUGCUACACAUGUGAAACCGAGUGGACGGGACGAGGUUGUGCUCAUCGAAAAAUGAAGCUUGCGGAUUGGUUACCAUCCCUAGUUAUGAUAAGCACUUGUUUUGUUGUUGCAAAAAUUUUCGAAUACCGAGAGAAACUUUAA